UGCACUAUUCACCAAAAUACCCAUCCAGCGGAGUCUUGAUCUUACUGAAAACGAGCAACGGGCUUAGAAUGACUGAAAAGUCAGCGUUCUGUAACAAUUGCUACCAAUGCUUUCGCAAUAGGCUCCUUGGGGUCUGUCUUCAACCCAUACGCCUUCAUGUUAGCUAAAAGGUCGUUAUUUGCUAAUGGUGAGUAUCACUGUCCUGGUAUAAGUAUAAUAAUAUUAAUAACUGAACAAGAUUCUUCCCGUCCAUAGCUCAUAGAAAAAUUGACGCAGUCUAACUCCCUUUAAUAAGUUUCAAGCUAGCAACUGAUAUCUGUCGCAAUUUAGUUCGCCAUUAUGGGGAUUAAGGUUUCUUUUUGUGAAACUUCUAUGAGUUGAGGGGACGCACAAGUCGACAUAUAGAUAAUAGAAUAUAUUGAUUAUUUUUUAACGAGAAUUUUUUCAUUUGACAAACAGAAUAAUAUAAUGAAUAUAUUACUGGGAUAAUAGGUUUAAAAGCAUAACUCAAAGUAUUUCAGAAAACCUCUGUCUAUUAUAAAAUUAUUUUUGAUUAUUUCAUUAAAACAAUUGUUACUAAUUUAAAUGAUAUGUUGAAAUCGAUUAAAAUAAUUCGCAAUAUUAACUAAAAACACGCAUUCUGUACGGGAGCACUAUCUGCACUCAACUAUAAAUGCUUAUAAGUUUUGUUCGAAUACUACAGAUAGAUAAAGAGUUUCUCAUCAUCAACAACAUGUUACGUUUCUUUGGUAUUUGCAUUGUAACGGCAAUAAUUGCCUGGGACAGUGUGAAAUCGUUACCGCAUCCUCCGGCCACGACGGCAGCUCCUUUCAAGCAAAGCUACGAUAAUAAAUUUGAUAACGUCGAUCUGGAUGAGAUAUUAGGACAAGAACGUUUACUUAAAAAUUAUAUUAAAUGCCUAGAAGGUGCCGGACCUUGCACACCAGAUGGUAAAAUGUUAAAGGGUUAUGCAAAUUUUAGAGACAAUACCGGACGCUAUGGCGACCGAUUGCGCCAAAUGUACCCAGAAACAGAAAUACGGUUCGGAGAAGGUGACGCAUUUCUUAAUCGACAAUCGUCCCGAGGAUUGGGAACGUUUGGAGAAAAUCUACGAUCCCGCAGGGACAUAUCGAACCGCGUACUUGGCGGGGAAAGCGGAAAACAAGGAUACAAACUUAGCGAUCACUACUACUGAGGCGAACAAUGAUUCCAUACCGAAGGCCUGACGUUGAUGGAAAAUGCAAAGAAUUUCGUUAAUAUAUUAAUUUUAUUACUUUUAAUUGUGUUAUAUGUUUUCGGACUUUACUAUUGUUAUGCAAUCAUUAUAGACAAAGAAAUUAAAAAAAAACCAUAAUUGCGGACUUCCUAAA